AUUUCCUCCCUUUUCUCCGACUCUUUCUUCUUCGUUAACUCCGCCUCCAAAUUCUCCCUCUUUCUCUCUCUAACUUUCUCUCUCCUCCCAAUCUUCCUCGCCGGAAAAAACCCACCUUUUUCCCGGCGACAAACAAUGUCUCAGUCCACCACUUUCUCUCUCCUAACCCCCACCAAAAUCUCCCCUUUCAAAACCCUCCUUAAACCCUCUUUCCCAACCCGCCCAUCCUUCCUUCCGGCCCGACCCGGAUCCGAACCUAGAUUCCACAACCCCAUCUCCGUCGCCGGAGCUCCGGUGAUUACUCCGGUGAUACCCGAAGAACCAUCAUCUUCGUCGUCGUCGUUAUCGACAUCGUUGGAGAUUGAUCAUGUGAGUUCGGCUGAGAUGAAGGAGAAUGGGUUUCGCAGCACGCGUAGGACGAAACUCGUGUGCACAAUUGGGCCUAGCACGUGCGAUUUCGAGACCAUUGAGGCGCUUGCUGAAGGUGGGAUGAAUGUCGCACGUUUGAAUAUGUGUCAUAACACGAGGGAGUGGCACAAGGAGGUGAUUGAGCACGUGCGGAAGUUGAAUGAAGAAAAAGGGUUUGCUGUUGCAGUGAUGAUGGAUACUCAAGGGAGUGAGAUUCAUUUGGGUGAUUUUGGUGCUGCUUCCUCUCUUAAAGCUGAGGAUGGUGAUAUUUGGACCUUCAGUGUCCGUUCUUUUGAUGAGAGUCAGCCAGAGCGCACCGUCAGUGCAAGCUAUGAUGGAUUUGCUGAAGAUGUUGAAGUGGGUGAUGAACUUGUUGUGGAUGGUGGUAUGGUCCGUUUUGAGGUUGUUGAGAAAAUUGGGCCUGAUGUCAAGUGCUUGUGCACUGAUCCUGGAUUGCUGUUGCCUCGUGCGAAUCUUGCAUUGUGGAGGAAAGGAAGACUGGUUCAACAACGUAACAGCAUGCUCCCAACAAUCACAUCUAAGGAUUGGCUGGAUAUUGAUUUUGCUAUAGCUGAAGGUGUGGAUUUCAUUGCAUUAUCUUUUGUUCGAUCUGCUGAUACAAUCAAUCAUCUGCGGAGCUAUAUUGCUGCCCGAUCUCCUAACAGGGAUGUUGGUGUAAUUGCUAAAAUAGAGAGUGUUGACUCACUGAAAAACUUGGAAGAGAUAGUAGAAGCUUCCGAUGGGGCUAUGGUUGCCAGAGGAGAUAUGGGCUCACAAAUACCUCUAGAGCAAGUUCCAUUUGCCCAGCAGAAAAUUGUUCAUUUGUGCAGGCAGCUGAAUAAGCCUGUCAUUGUUGCCUCACAGCUCCUUGAGUCCAUGAUUGAGUAUCCUAUACCAACUAGAGCAGAGGUUGCUGAUGUUUCUGAGGCUGUAAGGCAGCAAGCUGAUGCAUUGAUGCUCUCUGGUGAAUCAGCAAUGGGUCUUUACCCUGACAAAGCAUUAACUGUUCUUAGGAGCGUUAGCGUGCGAAUGGAAAAGUGGUGCAGAGAGGAUAAGUUUAGUGAAGAAUUGGAAUUAACAAAUAUAUCAUCAUCAUUUUCAGAUAUCAUAAAAGAAGAGAUAUGCCGGUCUGCUGCCAAAUUAGCCAGCAGUCUGCAAGUGGACGCCUUGUUUGUUUACACAUCAGAUGGACACAUGGCAUCUCUCCUUUCACGGUGGCGACCAGAUUGUCCAAUAUUUGCUUUUACCCCCACUCCUUCUGUGCGGAAACGAUUAAAUCUGCAAUGGGGGUUGAUCCCUUUCCGGUUAAACUUUUCCGAAGACAUGGACACUAAUUUGAGCAAAACUCUGUCGUUGUUGAAAAUAAGAGGCAUGAUCAAGCCUGGAGACCGUAUUGUUGCUGUGUCUGAUAUGCUACAAUCUAUCCAGGUAAGGAUCGUUCCUUGAAUGCCUGCCUGCUGGUUAUGUGAUUGUGUUCGGGAUGAAGUUCAGCAAUUUGUAAUUUAAUGGAUAUUUAGGGAUUAUUUGUGUGCGUGAGAAACAUCUGAUAUUCUACAUUCCUUGUGAUUGUAGAAGUCUUAAGGCUGUAUUAUCACUUAGGUAUAUAGUGCCAACUUUGAUCCUAGAUUCUUAGAUCUACUCGUGCAUCUUUUUUCUCCCGUCUUUUCUUGAUGUAAUUUUAAAAUGACUUCUGAUGUAUUUUUAGAAUUGGUGUUUACAAAGUAUUUUGUUAACAUCGAGCGCA